GAAGUUUGUGAAAUAUUAUCGAUCGCCUAAUAUAUCGAUGUCGUAUUCAAACUACUCCAUUGUUUCCGGUAAUAUUCAUAGUCAAUAUGGCCGCUUCGUGCAGAGGCUAGUAACGGUAGGAGACGUCGUUAGAGAGUAUCGACCCCAUAAUUAAACCGGAUUAAUCGGCGAAAUUGCACUGGAUCGACAUUGAAAAGAUCGCCAUUGCCAGAAUUUAUUAUUACAUAUGGUAUAGUGCAUGUUCACGCAUGCGCGUGAAAGAGAGGAUAACUCUCCUACCCGCGCAAGGUUUGUCCCUCCGCGUCUCUGACAACGCUAUAUUCUCCCAUACUCUCCACCAAUACACUGGAGUGUACGUGUCUGGCGUGUACCGAAAGCGCGUCUCGCGGCGAGUUAUAAAAGCAAGAGUGUGCACAAGAGCGUAAUCUCGUCUGAGCGUAAACUCUGUUGAAACGGUUAAGAACGCGGCGGGAAGAGAAAAAAAAAAACAUCGUCGGAGACUGCGAGGAAGAAAGACAGAGAAAGAGUGAGAGAGAGAGAGAGAAAGGAGGGAAAGACGCGGAGAAAGAACCGCGUCCCGGGGCUUACCGUGUUCUCAUAGUGUUCGCGAAUCGUUAAGGAGGAGGCCUUCACGCGGAAGGAUCGCCGCAUCAAAAAUACUACGGAGAUAUCAUGCGUCGGCUUAGCAUGAAAAACAAGCGUAGAAAGUCCGAGACUACGAGCAACAGCGAGUCGGAGGAAAAUGGCGGCACGCGCGCAGCCACCGAGAACGCUGGUAAUGGCGAGACGCAGGCCGGCAGGAACAACAACUUGUCCGCCAUGAAUAGAGGCGCCUCGAAGAGACGCUCGCUACGCGGCGCACAGAUGCAAAAGUCGACGGCGCACGCGGACGACAGCGUCGCGACGGACGGUUCCGAGGCGGAGAAGGAGCGGGAAAACGGCGAGAAGUCCGCUGCCGGUCAAAAGUCCUCGCCUAACAAACGCAGACGGACAGAGAAUCAAAAAGCGUCCACGUCGGCCCGCGAGGUGGACAAGUCCGGCGCCGACAUCGAAUACGAGGUAGAAAAACUUCUCGAAGUUCGUGCUAGUAAAGGAAACCGACAGUUUUUGGUACGAUGGAAGGGUUAUGGAGAAUCUGCUGAUACUUGGGAAAACGAGAAGGAUCUGAAUUGCCCUCAAUUAAUAGAAAAGUUUUUAGCUAAGGAAGAGGAACAGGAGACAAAAUCGCCAAAAACUGGAUCGACGAAAACAGACAAAUCGAAAAAGUCGAAAGGUUCUCCGAAAAAACAAAAUGAAAAUGACGAACAAAACAAUAAAGAUGAUAAAGAAACUUUGAAGGAAUUUGAGGUAGAAAAAAUAAUCGAGGUACGUUUUAAAAAGAAUGGCAUGAAAGAAUUUUUAAUCAGAUGGAAAGGAUUCAAUCCGGCUGACGAUACAUGGGAGCCCGAGAAGAAUCUGAAUUGUUCGGAACUUAUCGCUAAAUUUAUGCAGAAGGUGGAAAAAGCGAAGACUCAGGAAAUGCGCGAACUCAGGGCAAAUCGGGUGCAUACCAAACGAUACACAUUGUCGACAUGCGACCACGGGAGGAGAUUGUCAAAACGUAAUAAAGAUAAGCAAAGGACAACUUAUCACGAAUGCGAUGAAUAAAAAACGUCGUGGUCCCAGUAUCUGUAUUUUAUUCAAAGAAUUUACUUUAUUACUCAUAUAGUCUGUAGUUUUACAAGAGAGAGAAUUAAGAGCGUUUUGUGAGAGAAAGGAACCAAAAGAAAUAUAUCAAAACAUGAAUAAUUUGCUAUAUAUGAUACUAGAGAUUAUCACAGUACGUGAUAUAUACACAUCCUCUCUUUGAAGAGGUGAAGAGUCGUAUGAAUAAGACAGAUGUGUCUGUAGAUCAGUCCGUAUAUACGACAUGCUAUUUACACUUUUUUUUUUCUUCUUCAGAAACGCUUAUUAUUAUGUAUGAACUGCAUAUAGAUAAUUGAACAA